UGCCCCAUCGUUGGUGUCAGGGGGGGAGGAGGAAUAGUGCCCCAUCGUUGGUGUCAGGGAGGAGGAAUAGUGCCCCAUCGUUGGUGUCAGUGGGGGAGGAAUAGUGCCCCAUCAUUGGUGUCAGUGGGGAGGAGGAAUAGUGCCCCAUCAUUUGGUGUCAGUGGGGAGGAGGAAUAGUGCCCCAUCAU